GUUUUGUGGGAAAUGUGUGUGGAUUGUGUGUGUGGAUGUGUGAACACAGAGGGAGAAAUUUAUUGCCACAAAUAAUUUAGUAAACAUUUCGUGUGGAUGUAGCGGAUAUUUACAGCUAUGUAAUAUGACGUUUUCACAUUUUAAACAAUUAUCUGACGUCACAUGUUUAUUUUUAAACUGACCAACAGUGAACUGCGCUGACCAUUUGGUUGACGGACAAGGGAGAGAAUAAUUAAGGGAGCACAAGAUCACCAUGUUGCCAUCUAGCAGACCCUCCAGCAGAUCACAGCCCACCCUACCCCCACUGUCUGUGGUCCCACCCCACGGGAUCCUCCGGUCACCCAACAAACUGGAGCACGCGGGCCACGAGAAGCACAGCAUCACCUUCCAGAUGGCACCAGACCUCAGCAGCACGCAGCGACACCACAAUACGGGGGGUCAAGGACGCAACCUUCAGAAAACAUCCGGGUCAUCUAACUGGACAGAGGUCAGCUUCAGUGACGCGAACAACAGAAGUGGCCAAAGUUCCAGAAAAGUCUCCAUCAGUUCCGGGCUGUCCAAGAGUGGCUCCGAGUUCAGCCAGUACGAGUUCUACGAGCGCGCGCUGACCCACCGGAUGUUGAUCUCUGACGAGCGGAAGAAGAGACUCUCCAGGCACAAGUCGGGUGUGGCCUACAAAGGUCAUGACCUUCAACUUCGGCCGGCUUUUUUCUCAACCUCCAGGACCAAAGAAAAGAUAAAUGACUGGAUCCAGGGCGUCUACAAGGCCAAACUCCUGCAGACAGCUCUCCGGUACCCGGAACUGAUGGACAGACUUCUGUCUUCCGGCAUGUCCGGAACUAUCAGCCGGAAGUCGUCAAGCGUUGACCCUUUACCAGACAUAACUAUGUCAAGGAAAAGUUCUCUGGUCACCAGACCUACAAGACGCGGGUCAGUGUUCUGGGAACCUCCGUCAUACGAUGGUCUAACAGAGGAGGAGAGACAGAGGAAAAGGGAAGUGCGGACGUUCCGCUGGUACGGUCGCAUGAUCAGGGCACUGUGCGGUCUCCUGAUGGACAUGAAGAAGAUGAGCAUCAGCAAGACCCAGCAGUCGGCGUACUCCGAGUUCCUGUACAUCAUGGCCGGACCCAAGACGCACGCCGGUCAGGAGGGGCACGGGGAGGAGUCGCAGUACGUCUUGUUUGACAAGUCCUGGUUCAACCGGAACAGAGCGUGGUCAAGGAUGCCUGAAUGGGCGCAGGCUGUGAUGCAAUUACCACCAGACGAAAGGACAAGAGAUCAAAUCCACCAUUUGAAGCAACUGCUGAUGACAAUGAGAGGUUUCCGGGACAACUUGACGGAUGAAAUGCGAGACAAAAUGUGUCAAGUUGUCAGAUAUACCAAGUGCGACAAGGGGCGGGUCGUGUUGAGACAAGGACACCUGGGCUUCGACUUCUACUACAUCUUCUCCGGCUCCGUCUUUGUACAGAUCGACCUUUACGACGAGAAGUCCGACACGACCUACUCAAAUGUGGAAAACGUGCUCAGAAGUGGGGAAGGGUUUGGGGAAAUCGCCCUGCUGGGGGACGGCCGCCGGACGGCGUCUGUUAUCUGCAAGGAACCGACGGAGCUGUGCCAGAUCGACAAGGUGACCUUCCUGGAGAUCUGCCCGGUCAUGUUCAACCAGCAGCUCCAGGACAAGAUCAGCUUCGCCAGCAAAUUCCCGCUGUUUGAGACCUGGGACCCUGAGCACCUGAAGAGACUCUGUUUCCUGUCGCAGGUUUUGGACGUCCCACACUCGACUGUCGUCGAAUCUGAUUGGUCAAAAGCGAACUAUGCGUACUUCGUCAUGAAAGGGCGGCUAUCCAUGCUGAAAGAGUUUGAUGUCUCAGAUCUCGUGACGAGUGAGACAAGGGGCAGAACUCACCGGGUGAAGAAAGAAAACAGCAAGUCGCUAGCCAGGUGCUCACAGUUCGCUCAUGUUGGCAUGCUGCAUCACGGGGACUGCACGAACCUCUCCGUGCUGUCGAUGAAGCCGCCAAAAGACAUGACACGGAUCACGCUGGUGAGUGACGGUGUCCGUCUCUUCAGGGUCGCUGUCCGAACCUUCCUCAGGAUCUCGCCCAGAAAGUCUUCUGAGGAGUACCUCAAGAAGGUCUACAAGCCCAGAGAGUUUCCGACAGAAGAGGAGCUAAGAGCUCAUUACCUUGAAGAUUUAAGCUGGUCGGAGUUUAAAAAGAAUAUUAUCAAUAUACAUCGUCUUCAACGGCUAGGGCAGGUCAUCGCGUCCAUACCGGCAACUCUCAAAGGCUCAAGUGGCUGGGCACGAUGGCCAGGAUACAUCGUCGUGCCUAAAGCCAAAAAACCUACAGAAGAGGACGAACUUACCUCGGAUGGCGAGGACGGCGAUGAUGUUGAUGAUGACAAUGUGAAUCUCCCAGAGAACGACGACACUACCCUGAUGACCACUCGCACGUCAUCACCUGGUCCAUUCGUUGAUACAGAAACCCACCUGGCAGUGGUCAACGACCGGACACUCAACAUGCGGCCAUUCAACACCAACUCCCUGACCAGCUGGAGGAAAAACCUGGACCCUUCGACCAGUUAUUUCGUUGGGGACCACAUUUUUACGUCAUAGUUCUGGGAUUUCGUUGGGACCACAUUUUUACGUCAUAGUUCUGGGAUUUCGUUGGGACCACAUUUUUACGUCAUAGUUCUGGGAUUUCGUUGGGACCACAAUUUUACGUCAUAGUUCUGGGAUUUCGUUGGGACCACAUUUUUACGUCAUAGUUCUGGGAUUUCGUUGGGGACCACAUUUUUACGUCAUAGUUCUGGGAUUUUGUUGGGGACCACAUUUUUACGUCAUAGUUCUGGGAUUUUGUUGGGGUUGCAGUUCUGGACUAUUUGGUUCCAUAUUUGUUUUGUUUCUAGAAUCUCUCCAACAAUUCCUGUUUUAACUAUGAAAGAGCUUUGUUGCCGAAGACUUUAAGUGAGUUUGGAACAAAGGUCAAUUAAAUUCUCUGUUUAAGCAGAUGUGGAUAGACAAUUGUGAAAGUCUAAUGUUUGAUUUGAUACUAAGACACGAAUUUACUGUGAUACUAAGACACGAAUUUAUUGUUAUACUAAGACACGAAUUUACUGUGAUACUAAGACAAGAAUUUACUGCGAUACUAAGACAUGAGUUUACUGUGAUACUAAUACAAGAAUUUAUUGUGAUACUAAAACAAGGAUUUGAUACUAAGACACGAAUUUACUGUGAUAUUAAGACAUGAAUUUACUGUGAUACUAAGACAUGUAUUUACUUUAAUACUAAGACAAACGUCUAAUAUAAUACGUUUUUAAUUUGAUACUUAGACAUAUGUCUCAUUUGCUACAAAGAAAGAUAUUUACUGCGAAACUUAGACAAAUGUCUAAUAUAAUACUAAGACAAAUGUUAGAUUGGCUAGGAACGUCUUCCCUUUUAUUAUUAAAUGUACGAGGACUUUACUUCAGUCCUUUUGCUUAGUUGAAAUGUUGAACGAGUUUGUCGUAUAUAGCAAAUGUUGAAUUUUUUACA